AUACAUUAACUGAAAAUAAUACAACAGAACACGAAUACGAUGCUGCUUCUCCUAUAUAUGACAAAAUAACAAUCACUACACAUAAUGUACAAGGGCUAAACACAAGGCUCAAAACACAACUAUGGUUUGUAG